AUGCAUGGUACAACCUCGGCAGAAGAGAAGCUAGGGUGUAUGUCGACUGAUUUUAACAUGAGUUCACUGCCUACUUGUCAGGUGUUGUGCACGUUGGCUCAUGUAGCAGAAGAUCAAGUGGUCCAAUUCUUCCUUGAGGAGGUGCAAUCGAACAAAUUUCGAGCUUCGCGAUCCCUCAUUGGUCGUCUAUUCACCAAUGAUCAAAUCACCACUAUGGAACUGCGCGAGGGCCUGCUGGAGGCCUGGAAGAUCCGUGGAUUCCUCAAAGUUUUGAAAGUGAAGCAUGGGCUAUUCGAGAUCGUCCUCCCUAACGAGGAAGCAAAAAAAUGGGCUCUAUCUCGAAACCCAUGGAUCAUCAAUGAUCGAUUGCUUAUUCUUCGUCCUUGGGCUCCUGUUAUCUCCCAAGGAACCUUUAAGGAGAUGUCUAAAGCACCGUUUCAGAUCCAGUUCUGGGGAGUACAGGAGGAUUGCUGUACCAAAAUUUUUGGACAGAAAAUUGUAGCUGCGACGAUUGGUAAAGUUCUGGAAUCAGAAGUUUUUGCUUGCAAAGACACCGGGGCGCAUUUUAUAAAAGUCAACACUAUUGUUGACUUCUCCAAACCUCUCCGAUCGCAGUUAAUGGCGGUUAGUGAGGAUGUCGAUAGCUUCUGGGUUAGCCUAAACAACGAGUUCCUACCAAGAUUUUGCUUCCACUGCGGCCGAGUUGGCCAUGGGAGACGUGAUUGUGUCUUUGAACCACCCCAUGUGAAAGAGCGGUUAGGCCCGCAUAUGGCAACUAAGAAGCUUGGAAGAAAACUCUAUGAGGAAGAUGGUGCUUCCCUUCUUUAUGGAGGGUCCAGGAGAUCGGUCUGGAUAAAUCGUCAACCGCGUAACCCUACGGCUGCCGGUAGAGGAGAAUUGGGGGGUCGAACUCACACCCUGACCUCGGGGAGGAUGGAGCAGGCAGCUCCCUCCCAACCUUCGAAGGGGUCGGUGUCUCGGGACAAACCGUUGCAGUACCAGGCGAAGGGGCUGGGGAACUCACCAUCCCGCCGGGAAAGUCCGCGCGGCAUCGUCCUCAAUCGCCCUCCUAAGAUUCCACUUGGACAGGGGCGGCCGAACCAGUCGGGGACAAAAAAUGGUGGGGCUGUGCUGGAUCCCCCUGCUAUUGUUUCGACGACCCAGUCCCAACAUGAUUCAGCAGCUCGGAUGGCCCCGACGCGGCGGCGAAGACUUUUACUUAAAGAAGAUUCUGAUGACGACAUGAUGGAUGUGGUACAGCCGGAUGCUAAGGCCCCCAUCCAGCAGCCCAUGCAGAAGGAGGUCUUGGCAGAGCCGGCGAGUCUGCCUCGUCCGAAGGCUGCUGGGGUGGACCACUCGGGGAAGAGGAGACCCCGGCGCACCAAAAAGCAGUCGAUUCCCAAAGUGUUGGAGGAGGGUGCUUUUCGUGCGGAGCUAGCUGCUGACGCGGGCCCUGUUGAGCCCCAGAUAGCGUCCUCGCGUGGCAAUCGGAAGUUAAGGAAAGCUAAACCUCGGGUGGAACAUAAGUCCCAUGAGCCCGGGGCCUCCUCGCAUGCAGGGGUGCUUCUCGAAGAUUCUACUUGUGGUACUCAGGAAAUGGCGAAUCCGGAUAUAGCUAGCCACCAUAUUCCAAAUGGUGGUGUGGAGCCAAAAGCGGUGGUGGAUAAUGGGUCGGAGGAAUCCUUGUCGGGUGAGGAAUCUCAUUGCUUUGUGAUAAAGAAGAGAACCCCAUCGGCUGCAUUGCAAAAGAAUGGUCCUCCCCCCAAAGGUCGAGUGAGCCAAGUGGUGGCAGCGUUUGAAGCGGGCUUGACCAUCACUGAUGAGAUAGUAGCUCCGCCGCUAACCAGAGUCACAGGAGUUAUAGUCGAUUCUAGAGAUAAUAGCCCUGCUGGGCUGGCUGCUGGGAUACUAGAUGAGUAUGGUUCCAAUAUGGCCAACCCACCCUCAGGGUUGAAUUAA